GGUUGCAGACUGUCAGAGUGUGAGUAGUUUCAGCACUACUCUCCACAAAGACUCAGACAGCGACACUGAGAGCAUCUUCAGCACAGGAGAGGACAGUGUUUUCCACAAGGGGGAUGAUACGGUGAUGGGGGACAGCACCAGUGAGGUGUCUGUAUCCUGUUCCUCCACAGAUGACACGGCCAGCGGGGGUCCGACCAGCUCCAGCCCAGAGAGCUGUGUGGAGGGGGGCCUGGGGGAGAGGGGCUGCAGGGACCACGGCCGCAGCUGGAGCCCUGUAGAGGGCCACACACAAGGGCCCACGGCAAGAGAAGGUCCAGGAGGAGAGGCAGAGGAAGAGGUGAAGGACAGACUGACGGAGGUGCCACGGCGCCCAGCUGAACAUCGUCCCAGCAUCAGAUCUCUGUCCCCGUUCAGACGCCACAGCUGGGGAGCAGGGAAGAACACAGCAGGAAACGGAGACAUGAACCAAUGCAGGUACAGGAGACUGGAGCUGAACUGA